AUGUUUAAGAUACCUGGUUUUGGAAAGGCUGCUGCAAAUCAUACUCCACCAGAUAUGACAAACGUGGAUACCCGUACACACCAUUUAAAGGUGUCAAACUGCCCAAAUAACUCCUAUGCACUGGCAAACGUAGCUGCUGUCUCACCAAAUGACUUCCCCAAUAACAUUUAUAUUAUUAUCGACAAUUUGUUUGUUUUCACAACCAGACACUCCAACGACAUUCCGCCGGGAACCAUUGGGUUCAACGGUAACCAGCGUACCUGGGGUGGUUGGUCCCUAAAUCAGGACGUUCAAGCAAAGGCAUUUGAUUUGUUCAAGUACUCCAGUAAGCAGUCGUAUCUCGGUUCAAUAGAUAUAGAUAUCUCAUUUAGAGCCAGAGGUAAGGCGGUCAGCACAGUAUUCGAUCAGGAUGAGUUAGCCAAACAAUUCGUUCGCUGUUACGAAUCCCAAAUAUUUUCUCCAACUCAAUACCUUAUCAUGGAAUUUCAAGGUCAUUUCUUUGACUUGAAGGUUAGAAAUGUCCAAGCAAUCGAUUUGGGUGAUAUUGAACCAACAUCCGCUGUUGCAACCGGGAUAGAAACGAAGGGAAUUUUGACGAAACAAACACAAAUCAACUUUUUUAAAGGAAGAGAUGGUUUAGUUAAUUUGAAAUCAUCGAACUCAUUAAGACCAAGGUCAAAUGCUGUUAUUAGGCCGGAUUUCAAGUUUGAAGAUUUGGGUGUCGGUGGUUUGGAUAAAGAAUUUACUAAAAUUUUUAGAAGAGCUUUUGCAAGUCGAAUUUUUCCGCCUUCAGUUAUAGAAAAGCUGGGUAUCUCUCAUGUUAAAGGUUUGUUAUUAUACGGUCCUCCGGGUACUGGUAAGACCUUAAUUGCAAGAAAGAUUGGUACAAUGCUGAAUGCCAAAGAGCCCAAAAUCGUGAACGGUCCUGAAAUUUUGAGUAAGUACGUUGGUUCUUCAGAGGAAAAUAUUCGUAAUUUGUUCAAGGAUGCUGAAGCAGAAUAUCGGGCCAAGGGUGAGGAAUCCUCCUUACAUAUCAUUAUUUUCGAUGAACUGGAUUCUGUUUUCAAGCAGAGAGGUUCAAGAGGUGAUGGUACCGGUGUAGGUGACAAUGUAGUUAAUCAAUUAUUAGCCAAAAUGGAUGGUGUUGAUCAAUUGAAUAAUAUUUUGGUUAUUGGUAUGACCAACCGUAAGGAUUUAAUAGAUAGUGCUCUUUUACGUCCAGGUAGAUUUGAAGUCCAAGUUGAAAUUCAUUUACCGGAUGAAAAAGGAAGACUCCAAAUUUUCGACAUCCAGACGAAGAAAAUGAGGGAAAAUAAUAUGAUGAGCGAUGAUGUUAACCUAGCUGAGUUAGCUGCGUUAACAAAAAACUUCUCUGGUGCUGAGAUUGAAGGUUUAGUAAAAAGUGCAAGUUCUUUUGCGAUCAACAAAACCGUCAACAUCGGAAAAGGUGCCACAAAGCUCAACACAAAAGAUAUAGCAAAACUUAAAGUAACAAGGGAAGACUUCUUAAAUGCCCUCAAUGAUGUUACUCCCGCUUUUGGUAUUAGCGAAGAAGAUUUGAAAACAUGUGUAGAAGGUGGAAUGAUGCUUUAUUCCGAACGUGUCAACUCAAUAUUGAAAAACGGGGCCCGUUACGUCCGCCAGGUUCGCGAGAGUGAUAAAUCCAGAUUAGUAUCUCUAUUAAUUCACGGCCCUGCAGGGUCCGGUAAAACGGCUUUGGCCGCUGAAAUUGCUCUGAAGUCUGGAUUUCCAUUUAUCAGAUUAAUUUCACCCAAUGAGUUAUCAGGUAUGUCAGAAAGCGCAAAAAUUGCUUAUAUCGAUAACACUUUUAGAGAUGCAUAUAAAUCUCCACUAAACAUUCUUGUUAUUGAUUCAUUAGAGACUCUGGUUGAUUGGGUACCAAUUGGUCCAAGAUUUUCGAAUAACAUUUUACAAAUGCUAAAGGUAGCGUUGAAACGUAAACCCCCCCAAGACCGUCGUUUGUUGAUCAUGACUACUACAUCAGCUUAUUCGGUACUUCAGCAAAUGGAUAUUUUGAGUUGUUUUGACAAUGAGAUAGCAGUCCCCAAUAUGACCAAUUUAGAUGAACUGAACAACGUCAUGAUAGAAUCAAAAUUUCUUGAUGAUGCUGGUAGAGUUAGAGUGAUUAAUGAGUUGUCACGGAGCUGCCCUAACUUCAAUGUCGGUAUUAAAAAGACUUUGACGAACAUUGAAACUGCAAGGCACGAUGAAGACCCUGUGAACGAGCUUGUUGAACUGAUGACCCAAUCCGCAUAA